AUGGAUGCUUUGUGGACGUUCAUUCUUAACGAGCGUUUUUGGUUAGCAGGCAAUACAACUUGGAAAGAUUUUGCUCGACUCGAAAAAGAUGAAAACAUCAAGUUGACAAAUCCAAACGAUCUUAUCUAUGUUUAUCCUUUGGCCGGUAUAAUUUAUGUGAUACGAGUGCUUUUCGAACGAUAUGUUGCUAAACCGAUUGGCCGAUCGCUUGGUAUUCAAGAUCGAGUUGGAAGAAAUACAACAAAAGAUAUGAAAACUACAGCAACAACAGUAUCAAAUCGUUCUAAACCAAUAAAUAUAAAUCAAACAUACCAACAAGAACAAGUAGUCAGUAAUGAUAGUGGCUCAUCGGUAUCAACAGUUCGCUAUUCACGUAUUACUCGACUAGCUAAAUUUAGUGAAUCCUGUUGGCGUUUUACUUUUUAUCUAAGUGCAUUCAUUUACGGUGUUGUCAUACUUCUAAAUAAAUCAUGGACAUGGGAUACACGUCAUUGUUGGUUGAAUUAUCCUAAUCAACCUCUGACAGCAGACAUCUUUUGGUACUACAUGAUCGAACUUGCUUUCUAUUGGUCACUUUUAUUUUCUCAAUUUAUCGAUGUUAAACGAAAGGACUUUUGGCAAAUGUUUCUUCAUCAUAUAGCUACUAUAAUGCUUUUGUCCUUUUCCUACAUUGCGAAUUAUGUGCGUGUCGGCUCACUAGUACUUGUUAUACAUGACUGUGCCGAUUAUUGGCUUGAGGGCGCCAAAAUGGCCAUCUACACGCGGUCAAAACAGAUCAGUGACGCUUUGUUUAUGAUAUUUGCCAUUGUGUGGUUUAUCACUCGUAUUUGCUACUAUCCGUAUAAAAUACUCUACACGACGUUGUUCGAAGGAGUAUCUAUUCUUGAAUCAUGUCCUGCUGCUUAUUAUGUAUUCAAUGGAUUACUAUCGCUUCUUUAUGUUCUUCACUAUUUCUGGUUCUAUCUCAUAUGUAGAAUAGCCAUAACUGCAUUGAAGAGUGGUCAGGUGAAGGACGAACGAAGCGACAGUGAAGAUAGCGAUGGUGAUGACAAGAACAAGUGA